ACAGUCUGGGUCAGGACAGGACCUCUUCAGUAUUCUUGCAGUGCCUUGGUGUGUGUAUGAGACAGAAGACUGAUAACUCAUCUCAGAGUCAUAAGAUUUUCAAGGCAGUGCUCAAGUAGCGAUUUCGUGAGUGAAAUACUUGGCAACCGUUACGAAAGAUGGGGGACGUGCAGCUGGUGACAACGACUCGAAUCUCCAAGACCAGUCUGAGUCUGGGAAGAGGCUCCCCCAGCAGCGACCCGCCAGCCUUCACCCUCCCGCCCCGCAAUGCACGCGUCAGCCUGGGGGGUACUGCUCGGCUGGAUGGAAAGGUGCGAGGGAGCCCAGAGCCUCAGGUUUGCUGGUACAGGAAUGGGCAGGCCGUUUUAGCAGGAGACCGCCUCUCCAUGGAGCAGAGCAGCCGCGGCACCUUCAGCCUAGUGGUGCAGAAUGUUCAGGAAGAUGACGCUGGGCGCUACACAUGCGAGGCCGCCAAUGAUGCCGGAAGCCGCCAGGUUACCGUGGAGAUCAUCGUAGAAGGUAAUGCAGGAAAGAAAUAUGGCCUCCCCACAACUAGUAGAACAUCAGGGGGUCGCUUCAGUGCUCCUGCAGCGGAGAACCGGCCCAGCAUCUGGGGGGAGAGCCCCCCCAAGUUUGUGACCAAACCUUCACGCCUGUUCCUGCGGGUGGGACAGAGCGGCAAGUUCUCAGCCAAGAUCACCGGGCGUCCUCAACCACAGGUGGCGUGGCUUAAGGGAGAUGAGGAGAUCCUAGCCUCCAGUCACUUCAGCGUGUUCGAGAGGUCCGGAAUACACUUCCUGGAGAUCCGUGACGCCUGCGCAGAGGAUGCAGGAGCGUACACUUGCUCCGUCUCCAACAGUGCGGGGAAGGCCAUGGCUUCGGCAGAACUUAAUAUUCAAGGUUCAGGCACCGACUCAAGCACAAACCGGGGGGCUCCUGGAGUCAGCCCGGUCCCAAAAACAGCAGACGCCCCCUCAGACAGCCAUGCCAGCAAUGGCCUACCAGGUGACCAGCAGACCAGCAGAACUCAGACAGAGACUCCAGAGCGUAGGGAUAUCCACAGUACUGUCACUGUCACCAAAGACACCAAAGAGGCCACAGGGACAAGGACAGAUGGGAGGAGGAACGCCGCGGCAUCGUCCCCAAAACCCUCAUCCGUCGACCCCAGAGAAGAGGGCACCAGGAGGGUAGAUUCUCAGCUUAAAACCUCCACAGCCGACCCUGCCUCCAGCUCCAGUUCCACACAGUCAGUGAAACCCCAGCAGCAGCAGCAGACGGGGGUUGGGGCGGAUACACGGGCAUCCAGAGGCUCAGGGAGGGUGGGUAGGGGUGCAGGGGAGCUCUCCAGCCCUGGCAGAGCGUCUGGAGCCUCGCUCCCCUCUGAGCCCAGCAGAGAGGCCCUCAGGCUGAGCAGAGGGAGCCGGGCAGACCCACCGGUGGGAGCGGCUCCCAGAUUUGAGCUCCCGCCUCAGAGCCAAGACGCCCUGGAGGGUACCAAAGUAAUUUUCAAAUGCCAAGUGUCAGGCUCCCCGUUGCCCACUGUGAGCUGGCUGAAAGAUGGCCUCCCCGUCAGGUCUCGAGUUGGCCUGAGCCUGCAGCAGGAGGCCGACCAGCACCUGCUCUGCGUCGACAGGGUGCAGAGGAGCGACGCGGGCCAGUACGGCUGCACCGCCACCAACAGCCGAGGAAAUGUGUCCGCCACCUGGACACUGCACGUAAAAAGUCCCCGUCCAGAGGGUAAAGCACCAGUGUUCAGCAGCGUGAUGACGGGCUGCUCUGUAACCGCCGGUCAGGACUUCACCCUGCAGUGCUCAGUGGAGGGCAGACCAGUGCCCACCAUCACAUGGCUGCUGGACGAUAAACCAUGCCAGCACGCUCAGCCUGUGUUUGAGCGGGGCCUGGCACAGCUCUUGGUGCAGGGGACGCUGCCAGACGACUCUGGCUCCUACUCGUGUGUGGCAGAGAAUGGGCACGGGCGAGCCGAGUGUUCUGCCAUAGUUCUCGUGAAAGUUUCAGAGAAGCCAAGCGUCAAAAAGACUAAAGCUACUCCUGCAGUUGACCCGGGCAGACCCUAUGCCCCGGUGUUCCUGAGAGGCCUGGAGGACCUGAAGGUGAUGGAUGGCAGCCAGGUUACCAUGACAGUGGAGGUGGCAGGCAACCCUCCACCAGAGGUGGUGUGGCUUCACAAUGGGAAGGAAAUCCAGGAGUCGGAGGACUUCCAUUUCGAACAGAACGGGAAUGAGUGCACUCUGUUCAUCCAGGAAGUGUUCCCUGAAGACACAGGGAAAUACACCUGUGAGGUCUGGAAUGAGGUGGGAGAAGCACGCUCUGAGGCUUCCCUCACUGUGCAAGAGCCUCAGGAUGGUGUGCAGCCCUGGUUCAUCACCAAGCCCAAGUCCGCCAGCGCCUGCCCGGGUCAGCACAUCCUCCUGUCUUGCGCCAUCGCAGGGGACCCCUUCCCUGAGUACUUGUGGAUGAAGGACGGCCAGGAGGUGUCGUCAGGGGUGGAGUUUGACAUUCUUCAGAAGGAGGAUGUGGUAUCCCUGCUCAUAAGGAGAGUUAGGUUUCAUCAUGCAGGAGACUAUGAGAUCCGCCUGAGGAAUAAAGUGGGAGAUUGCAGUUGUGUUGCCACCCUGUUGGUCACCGAGGGAAGCUCCCUGGGAGAGACUCAGAGAGCGUAUGAGGAGGGUGGUGGGUCUGUGGGAGGAGUGGACAGGACAUUGCAAGCCAGGGGAGGAGGUGCGAGUGAGGGACACAGCAGCAGCACACCGCAGCAGUGGAAGCAACAGCAGCAGCAGCAACAGCAGCAGCAGCAGGAGGAGCAGGAGGAGGAGCAGGAGGACGCCAGCGGAGCGCAGGUAGUCCUGAAGAGGCGCGUGGAGACCAGGGAGCACCGCGAGGACCAGAUCCGCCAGCAGGAGCCGCAGCAGCUGGAUUUCCGCACUGUGCUGGGCCGCAAGGUCUCCACCAAGAGCGUGUCCGAGGAGGACCUGAAAGAGAUCACUGCGGAGCAAAUGGACUUCAGGGGCACCCUGAAAGGUCAGGUGCAGCCCAAGACCCUGUCGGAGGACGAGCGCAAGGGAAAGGCCCCGCAGCAGGUCGACUUCAGGUCGGUACUGGGAAAGAAGGUCGGGCCUGCUGCUCCCCCAAAACCCCUGGAGAAAGGGGAAGCCGCCACCCCGGGAAAGAACCUCACGAUCGUCACAGAGAAGAACGGUGAGAGCCCGGCGCCCAACUGCGUGGACGAAGGAGGGAUUAUGGCGAAGGCGCCUGUGUUUAUGCAGAAACUGAGCGACGUGACCGUGCUGGAUGGCCAGCGCCUGCGUCUGGAGUGCCAGGUCAGCAGCAACCCUGUGGCCACUAUCACUUGGAUUUUGGAGGGGAAGGCUAUCAAGCCAUCCAAAUUCAUUGUUUUGGCCAACGAGGGAGGACGCUGCUCCCUGACCAUUGCCAAGGCCCUGCCGGAGGAUGAGGGCCAGUACACAUGCCGGGCGGAGAACGCGGGCGGGAAGACAGAGUUCUCCUGCAUGGUGCUGGUGGAUGAUCCUUCAAACAAAGACGCCUCGCCAGCUAACAAGAAGACCAAAAAGCCCUCCACUCCUACCACAGAGAAUGAAGCCAGAAUAAAGAAGCCCACUCCAAAACCAGGCUCUAAACAAGGCCACCCUCAGAUCCUGCAGUUCCCCGAUGACAUGAAGAUCCUGGCCGGGAAGCCGGUGGAUAUUCUCUGCAAGUUCAUUGGAGUCCAGCCCAUGACCUGCAGCUGGCUGAAGUUCCGCAAGCCGAUUGGCAAGGCAGAUGUACUCAUUGAGACCACAGAGUCGACCAGUAGACUGACCAUCCCAGAAAGUCAGGAGGAGGACUGUGGAUGCUACACGGUCGAGGUCAGAAACAGCUGUGGCAUGAGACAGGCUGCGCUCAACCUCACAAUUGUUGACAAACCAGACCCCCCUGCUCGUGUCCCCACCAUCUCGGAAAUUGCCAAGACCACCCUCACCCUGCAGUGGCGUGGCCCGUCCUACGAUGGUGGCAGCGCCGUCCAGUCCUACAACCUGGAGAUCUGGGAUUCUGUGAGCAAGCAGUGGAAGGACCUGGCUUCCUGUGCCAACACCUACUAUUAUGUCAAGAACCUCUCAGCAGACAGGGAGUACAAGUUCCGUGUGCGGGCCAUCAACAUCUAUGGAACCGGGGAUCCCAGUGCCGAAUCGAUCGCAGUUACGGUGGGAGUGGAGGAAGAGGAGCCAGAGGAGGAGCCUGAGGUAUCUGAUGAUGAAAAUGAGAAAGAGCCAGAUUAUAAAACGGUGUCCAUCAAAACUGAUGUGAACGUCAAAGACAUCUACAACGUAGAGGAUAGGCUAGGAGCGGGAAAAUUUGGAACAGUAUUCAAACUCAUUGAGAAAUCCAAUAAGAAGGUCUGGGCCGGAAAGUUUAUCAAAGUUUACUCCGAAAAAGAGAAAAAAGAAGUGAGAGCUGAAAUCGGCAUCAUGAACGACCUUCACCACCCCAAGCUGGCCCAGUUGGUUGAUGCAUUUGAGUGCGACUCAAACAUGAUCAUGGUUUUGGAAAUGAUUUCUGGAGGAGAGCUGUUUGAGCGAAUCAUCGAUGAGGACUUUGAGCUGUCAGAGAGGGAGGUGAUCAAGUACAUGCUGCAGAUAGUGGCCGGUGUCAACCACAUACACAAGCAGGGCAUUGUCCACCUCGACCUCAAGCCAGAGAACAUCAUGUGUGUCAACAAGACAGGCAGCAAGAUCAAGCUCAUUGACUUUGGCCUGGCUCGUAGACUAGCAAAUGCCGGAGUGGUCAAAGUUCUGUUCGGAACCCCUGAGUUUGUGGCUCCAGAGGUGAUCAACUAUGAGCCUAUUGGUUAUCCCACAGACUUGUGGAGCAUCGGCGUCAUCUGCUACAUCCUAGUUAGUGGGCUCUCUCCAUUCAUGGGGGAUAAUGAUGGUGAGACGCUGGCUAAUGUCACCUCGGCCACCUGGGAUUUUGAAGACGAGGCCUUCGAUGACAUUUCAGAUGUGGCCAAGGACUUCAUCAGCAGCCUUCUGAAGAAGGACAAGAAUGCCCGUCUGACGUGCGAUCAGUGCCUGGAACACCCAUGGCUGAAACAGGACACCAAAACUAUGGAGGCCAAGAAACUAUCCAAAGACAGAAUGAAAAAGUACAUCUUGAGGAGAAAAUGGCAGAAAACGGGCCAUGCAUUGCGGGCCAUUGGCCGACUGUCCAACAUGGCAAUGAUGGCUGGCGUCCAUGCCAAGAAAGGCUCCGCCACAGAAGAGGACAACGCGGUCCCGGAAGCCGCAGAUGACAGGACGCCUGUGAAGCCCAGCUUUAGCUCUGUCAUAAAGGACGUGGAGGUGGUGGAAGGCAGUGCCGCCCGCUUUGAAUGCAAAAUCGACGGCUUCCCCGAUCCGGAGGUGGUGUGGUACAAGGACGAGCAGCCGAUCAAAGAGACCCGACACCACCAGAUUGACUACGACGAGGACGGCAACUGCAUCCUGGUUAUCUCCGAGGUGUCAGGUGACGACGACGCCAAAUACACCUGCAAGGCCGUGAACAGCCUGGGGGAGGCGACGUGCGUCGCCGAACUCAUAGUGGAGGUUAUGGGGGGAGGAGAGGAGGAAGAGGAGGAAGAAGAAGAAGAAGAGGAGGAAUAAUCGGUACAAGAUUUACGUAAAGAAAGACACGGAAGACCUUGCCUCAUUUAACACUACUUUUGUUUACUAGUUGCUUUUGGUAAGGCACUCACUCUCUGGGAAAAGACUGUGGAUUUAUUGAAGAUGGGCUUUGAUCACUCUUGUGACGUUUUGUGCACUUUCAGUUCUUUCUUUUUACGGUUGGUUUUUGUUCUCUCUUUCCAUUUUCUCUUCUGCAUUUGCCCAACAUUAACAAGCAGAUAUCAGAUAUUCAUAUUUAUAACUUAACCAUGAAAUUAUCCACAUUCCAGCUGGUAUGUUUAACCAAUUAUUUAAAGGUUAUCUGUGACUUUUCAUUGAGUUUUCACCCAACCAAACAAGCCUUAAUCACAAGUGUGUUCGUGUGUUGUGUUGUCAACACUGAAGUAUUGGACAUUUGGCAGGUCUUGCCUAAGAGGUUUUCCUUUAGAGCAUCUUUAGCACAAUUAUUCAAUGGUAUUAUUUGUGCAUCGGUUUGGAGAUGUUUUCUUAGGCACUUACCAGUUUCACUACUUUUCCAGUUUCACUACUUUCACUAAAUGGUGCAGUAACAUAGCUAGACCCAUGUUUUCUAUUAGAUUUAUGUAGAUUGUAUUUCCCUAAUUUUUAUAAAAUGUACCAGUUUGACAAAGUUCAGAUUACAGUGUAAUGAGAACUCUACAGUUGUAGUUACUCACUGUUAUAGAAUAAAUUUUAUCACAAAAAUA